ACUCGAGUGCAAUACAAAGCAAAAGUGUUCAAAGUGCGAGAAAAUGUGGUUGAUUAUGGCCAAGUUCAAGCUCUAAGUUCAAACAAACACAAGCAAAAGAAAGAGACCAUCAGAAGUCCAGCGCUUAAAGAGCUGGAAAACCAAAUUUUAGUCCCCUCAAUCAGAAACACCGAACGUACAAAAAUGUCCACCGGCCGCCGUUUGGCCAAGCGCUCCAUCAUCGGCACCAAGGUGUGCGCCAAGGGUCCGGACGGCCUUUGGUACUCCGGCACCAUUUCGGACGUGAAAACGCCGCCCUCGUACAUGGGCCCCCUCUCGCCGCCGCCGCCGCCCACUUUCCUGGCGCCGGGCGAGGCCCAGCUGAACGCCGACACGCGCUACCUGGUCCGCUUCGAUUUCAAGACCGCCGUCGAGUCCCCAGUCGCGUCCACUUCCUCGUCAACGUCCAUGUCCACUUCCUCGUCAUCGUCGUCCUCGUCCAUAUCCUCCACGGAUCCGUCGGUCAUUGUGGAGGCGCGUCGCGCAGCCAACGUGCACAUCAGUCCGGCCCAGGCCCUCCGCCGCAGCGCCAUGAUCAAGGAGUUCCGCGAAUCGGACCUGAUCGGACCCGGCUUCCGCUCCAUCAUGGACACUGAGCUUCAGCCCGGUCAGCGGGUCUACUUCACCUACAACGGACGCGAGCAGAGCGGCGACGUUGUGGAGCACGACGCCACCAAGGACGAGGUGACUGUCAAGAUCACCACAGUUGGAAAUGAGGUACGUUUUGAUGGCAAUGCAUGCUGGCAACUUAAAACGGAACCAACUGAGCUGAAGAAGCGCCUGGAGGAAGUGCGUCUGCUCGAAUCGCGACGCUCCGCCCGCCUGGCAGAUCAGGAUCGCGACACAGACUUUGCCAGACUCGCCGACAUGAGUGGCGAACGCCGCAGAACCACCACACACAGUAUUGAGGUGCCAUCGCAGCUCACGGCGCAGCACAAUCCACGGAAACGUCCGCCCAGCGAUCACCAGGACUACAUCAGCGAUCCGAACAAGGACGAGGAGACAUGCCGUGCCGCUGAGAUUCUGUCUUCGAUGAAGCUGCAGAGCCCGCAUGGCGCCAUGGCCGACAAGUGCUCGAGUCCCGGCAGCAGCUCGUCGGCCUCCUGGAGUUCCGGUUCCGCUUCGCCGCCCCUCAGCGACGACGGCCACGCCCACCACAGCCCACACAUCAUAAUGUCGCCACACGAUGCGGCCAACGCACGCAUACGCACAACGUCCGUGUCCACGUCGGACGAGGGCAUUGUCAUCGACUUCAAGGAGGAGCGCAAGAAAAAGGAGAGUGCCAUGAAGUCUAUCAGCCCGCAUAGUGCCUCGACCACCACCCGAACUUUGAAAAAGUACCGCUGCGUUUAUCCGAAAUGUAAUGUUGUGGAGUCCGAUCAGAAUAAAAUCAUUCGUCACGUUAGGAAAACACAUUUGGGGAAGAAGACCCGUCGCUCCGCGGACGAUGACUGCGAGAACGAGGAGGAGUUCUACUACACGGAUGUCGACGACGACGACGAGCAGGUGAAGCCCAGUUUGGCCUCCGAGCCGACGCUGAGUCACCGGGACAUGGCGCGUCCGCCGCACGAGGAUCCCGAGUACCAGAAGCAGAUUGUGGGCAACUUCAAGCAAGGACGCGCCGGGAGCCACUACAACCACCUGGCGCAGCCGCACGGCCGCACCAUCAGUGGCGGCCACAUCCCGAGCACCCACCAGCAGCAGCUGCAGAACAACAACACCAGCUGCAUCCCCACUUCGCACCUGGACCACCACAACUACACCUCCUACAGCAUCUCCUUCGCGGGGACGGGGCUGGCUGCGGCCAGCGCAUCCGGCCCGCCGCUGGGCAAGCACGCUCGCUCCUCGUCCACCCGUCCGUCCCACUCGGUAGCGCCAUAUCCAUCGCCGACGUACGUCCAGCAGCAGCAGCACCACCACCACAGCAACAGCAGCAAUCACCACACGCACAACUAUGCCGGCAGCAGUGGCAACAGCAGCAACAGCAGCAGCAGCAGCAGUCCGGUGAUCCACAGCAACAGCAGUGCCAACAACAUGCUGCAGCAGCUGUCGAACCAGAAUGUCACGGUCACGGCGCACCACAGCCAACAGCAGCAACAGCAAUUGCAGCAGCAGCAGCAGCACCACCAACACCAUCACCAUCACCACCAGCAACAGCACCACCAGCAGCAGCAGCAACAGCAGCACCUACUGUCCAGUGUGACGAUCACGCCCAACUAUCAUCCGGCGCAGCAGCAGCAGCAGCAACAUCAGCAGCAACAACACCACCAACCGAUGCGCAGCCAACAGCAGCAUCAGCAACAUCCACAGACAACUGCCGGCAACCUGGUUGCCCACAACAACAACAGCAACAACAACAACAACAACGGCAACAGCAACGGAAGCAAUCCGCUGCAGCAGCAACACAUGGCGCCACAGGCGGCCGUCAAGCAUACGCCCCAUUCGCCGGGAAAGAGGACGCGCGGCGAGAACAAGAAGUGCCGCAAGGUGUACGGCAUGGAGAAGCGCGACCAAUGGUGCACCCAGUGCCGGUGGAAGAAGGCGUGCAGCCGCUUCGGCGACUGAAAGCGACAGAAGUCGUCGACGGAGGCGGCAAACCAGGCGUCGGCGCACCAGUCCAAGGCGGCAGCAGCAGCAACAGUAGCAUCAACACCACCCAAUCCAGCAGCAACA